AGCUGCUGCGAGUGCAAGGCAAAAAGUAUGCUAUUACAGGCUAAAACUUUUACGAAGGUAUGGAGAAGUUUGGGUCCCGUAAAAAUAUUUUACAUGUUCGUAGUUUCAAAGGAAUACGGUCGAGGAAUUGGAUUUAAGGACUAACCAAACCUCUGACUAAACCGUACAACAUUGUCCUUGGGUUGGAACUUUUACUAUAUCGGAUUGUCUCGCGCUUUUCUCUAAAACUUGGGGGGAACUUCAGUGUGGCUAAAAUGUCCGCAUCUAUGCAGCCUCUCAACGCUGCGAUGUAUGCGGUCGUUUUCUUACUGUUUUCCCGAAUAGAACUUAUACUUGGAUAUGAUGAAAACACAAGGACGUGUCCGUCUCCGUGCACAUGUGUUGGAGACCUUUUGGACUGCAGUCGGUUGAAAAGGCGUGGAAUUCCUGAAAAUCUUCCCGAAUGGACCGUACAAUUGGACCUGAGCCAUAAUAAAUUGCAGUCGCUCGACAGCACUGUGUUUAGGAAACUGCGGCACUUAAGUGAGAUAAAGCUAAACAACAAUGAAUUUGAGACGGUACCUGAAUUGGGCCCUCAUGCGGCAAACAUCACCACCCUCAUUCUAGCAAACAACAGGAUCACGCAGAUCUCUCUGGAGCAGCUGAGGCCCCUGCAAGGCCUGGAAACCCUGGACCUCAGCAAUAACAGCAUAGUGGAUAUCAAGGCUGACUCCUUCCCUGCGCUGCCUCUCAAGAACCUUAUCAUGAACAACAACCGCGUUUCCACCCUGGAGAUGGGCUGUUUUGUCAACCUGUCCAGCACUCUGCAGGUCCUCAGGCUCAACCGCAACCGCCUCUCAACCAUCCCUGCCAAGAUCUUCCAGCUCCCCAACCUCCAGCACCUGGAGCUGAACAGGAAUCGGGUGCGCAGGGUGGAGGGCCUGACGUUCCACGGUCUGCACGCCCUGCGCUCGCUGAAGAUCCAGAGGAACGGUAUCAGCCGCCUGAUGGACGGAGCCUUCUGGGGCCUCAGUAACAUGGAGGUCUUGCAGCUGGACUACAACAACCUGACGGAGGUGAGUAAGGGCUGGCUGUACGGCCUGCUGACUCUGCAGCAGCUCCACCUGGGCCACAACGCCAUCAGCCGGAUCCAGCCCGACGCCUGGGAGUUUUGCCAGAAACUCAGCGAGCUGGACAUCUCGUCCAACCACUUGACAAGACUGGAGGAGUCCAGCUUUGUGGGCCUCAGCCUGCUUGACGAACUCCACAUCGGGAACAACCGUGUGAGCUUCAUCGCAGACGGAGCCUUCCGAGGACUCUCCCACCUACAGAUGCUAGAUCUGCAGAACAACGAAAUCUCCUGGACCAUUGAAGAUAUGAACGGACCAUUUUCUGCUCUGGACAAACUGAGGAAACUGUUCCUUCAAGGAAAUCAAAUCCGCUCGGUGACCAAGAAGUCAUUCUCUGGCCUGGACACACUGGAGCACCUAGAUUUGAGUAACAAUGCGAUCAUGUCGGUCCAAGGGAACGCCUUUGUGCAGAUGAAGAAGCUUGAGGAACUGCACCUGAACACAUCCAGCCUGCUGUGUGACUGCCAGCUCAAGUGGUUUCCUCUGUGGGUGGCGGAGCAGGCCUUCCUGCCCUACGUGAACGCCAGCUGUGCCCAUCCCCUGAUGCUGAAGGGCAAGAGCGUGUUCACCGUCAGACAGGAGGACUUUGUGUGUGACGACUUCCCCAAUCCUCAGAUCACGGUGCAACCUGAGACCCAGUCGGCCAUCAAAAGCACCAACGUCACCUUCGUGUGCUCGGCGGCCAGCUCCAGCGACUCACCCAUGACCUUUGCCUGGAAGAAGGACAAUGAGGUCCUGAAUGACGCUGAAAUCCACAACCAGGCACACCUCAGAGCCCAGGGGGGAGGCCAAGGCCGUGAAACAGAGGUUACAGAGUACACCACCACACUGCAGCUACGCAGUGUAGAGUUCACCAGCGAGGGGAAGUACCAGUGUGUCAUCUCAAACCACUUUGGUUCCUCCUACUCCACCAAGGCCAAGCUCACUGUCAACAUGCUUCCGUCCUUCACCAAGAUGCCCAUGGACCUGAGUAUCCGGGCCGGUGCCACGGCCAGACUGGAGUGUGCCGCCGUGGGUCACCCGUCUCCACAGAUCGCCUGGCAGAAAGACGGGGGCACAGACUUCCCCGCGGCCCGGGAGCGUCGUAUGCACGUGAUGCCUGAGGACGAUGUGUUCUUCAUCGUGGAUGUGAAGACAGAGGACAUCGGGUUGUACAGCUGCACCGCCCAGAAUACUGCCGGAGCCAUAUCUGCUAACGCUACGCUAACUGUGCUAGAAACGCCCUCCUUCCUGCGCCCUCUCAUGGACCGCACCGUGGCCAAAGGGGAGACUGCGGUCCUCCAGUGUAUCGCCGGUGGCAGCCCUUCCCCCAGGCUCAACUGGACCAAAGACGACAGCCCCCUUGUGGUCACAGAGCGGCACUUUUUCGCCGCCGGCAACCAGCUGCUCAUAAUCGUGGAUGCAGCGGAGGGCGACGCUGGGAUGUACACGUGCGAGAUGUCCAACACGCUGGGCACCCAGCGGGGCAACGUGCGCCUAGCCGUACUGCCCAACCCCAACUGUGACGUGGGGGUGGGCGCCUCAGGAGGCGUAGGCUCGGACGAGGACGGCUGGACCACGGUGGGCAUCGUCAUCAUCGCGGUGGUGUGCUGCGUGGUGGGCACCUCGCUGGUCUGGGUGGUCAUCAUCUACCAUACGCGUCGGCGCAACGAGGACUGCAGCGUCACCAACACAGACGAGACCAACCUGCCUGCAGACAUCCCCAGCUACCUGUCCUCCCAGGGCACACUGGCCGACAGACAAGACGGCUAUAUCCCCUCAGAGAGUGGCAGUGGCAACCACCAGUUCAUGGCUUCCUCCAUGAGUGGAUUCUACAUGCAGCCUAAAGACAUGAAUGGUCUGUGUCAGCUGGACACGGGAAGUGAAGCGGACAUGGAGGCGGCCAUAGAUCCUCUGCUCUGCCAUUACCAAGGACCCAUCAGCUCUCUCCUCAGGAGAGGCAACAUGUACACCGAAGAAUCCUCAGAGGCUUUCACAGGCUGUGCUAUGGACCAGCGGCCCAUCUGCAUAGAUUCCUACAGUGGCAGCCUGACCAGCUCCAAGAGGAGGAACUACUAUCCAUGUGGCGGGGCCCUCCAGGACCCAUUUGACCAUGGGAGCCCCAGUGUGCUGAUGCAGAUGCCCAACGGCAGCAGCUUCCACGGGCCACACCACCUACAGGGCGAAGGCCCCCCCUCCAUGGACGAGGGAGAUGGAAGCGAGUACGGCCGACCUCGGGAGACGAGGCUCUCCUCCUCCAACACAUUCAUGGGAACGUUUGGGAAAGCCCCAUGGAGGCCUCAACAGGAAUUAUACCCCGGAUUUGGACCACCGCCAUUGGCCCUGCACAACAGCAUGAUGCUACACGAGAAUCCCUACGCAGCCCUGGACACAGACUCGGAACGCGAGGAAGACAAGAACAGCGUCCAGUCAAAGAAUUCUAAAUCGGAAUCGGAAAAGAGCGGCAAUAAUAUCUAUGAACAACCAUAUGAUCUCAACAGGACUGCUACUAGUCAGCAAGGUCGAGCGAACACAUAGCUGAAUAUGUGCGUUCAAACAAACUGACAUUCCUUUGAGUUUUUCUUCACAAUGAGGAUGACCAACAAAAAAAAUACUACCUCAGUGAAUGGACACUUUCUCAAUGAUGGACACUGCAAAUGUGCAACGCUUGAAUGUAAAAGGAUAAUGCAUUGUGCCUACAAAAGGCUGAAAAAUGAUAUGAGGAGAUAUUAACAGCGAGGACUGUUCUUUUUUUAAGAAAAUUGGGAAACAUCUUCAAUUGAAGAUAGAAAUGUAUAUAUGAAUGUAUAUACUUUUUUAUACAAAGUUUAUUAUAUUUUGUAAAUUAAGUGUAAAAAAUAGAAUCCAUUAUUUUUGCUGUACUAUUUCCUGUAAAUGAGUAUUUUGUGUUGUGCGACCGUCCACACCUGUUCAGUUAUUCUAGCUUUUGUUUUGCUUGGAGUUAAGCACCCCUUUGCACAUACAUAUACAUAAUAAAACACCAUAACAUGUGCUGCUACGUACAUUAACAGUA